AGAAGACACCAGCAUCCACUAUUCCAGUCGAUGCAGACCGCCAGCCCAGCAGGAUCCGAGGUGGCAGACAUUACAUACGACGAAUAUCCGGCGCGACAGUUGUUCCAAAGCGACGGUUGGGUUUUCGUGCCGACAUCCACGGGGUUAUGGGCCUGCGAACUCUCCGAGAUCCCGGUUGCCCACACAGAAACACCGAGGCCGAGGUCGGAUCGAGUAGCGCCUCGCCCCUCACGGGAUGGUGACUCCCAACGUCUAGUACGGUUGACACAUGGCAUGGGAGGCACGUGAUGGUCCGCUUCGGCUUAGCGCGACUGCCGUCAUGACGUGGGUCCAUGGCGCUCAAGUGACUGCAUGAGGUGCAGUAGGGGCCGUUAUCCUGCGGCGAGAGUCAUUCUCCCAUCUUCAACAGCCUCCGCAACACGAUGCCGACGUCUGCCAACGAGCGCGAGCCUCUUGCUCGGCGCGACCCUGAUCAGACGUCCAUAUUCAGCUCCAGCUAUGCGUCGUCAGUUUCCGAAACCGACGGCCGGCGAUGGCGGAAGACGAAACGCACUGUCCGACUCAUCUCCUUCAUCACGGCUAACCUUGGCGCCCUCGGUGGCGGCUCGAUUGUCGUCUUUUCGCUGUACGCGCCUCUCUUCCAGUCACGCCUCCAUUACACGCAGUUCCAAGUAAACGCCGUCGCAAUCGCCGGUUCUAUCGCCCUCUACCUCCCGAUCUCGAUCCUCGGCUACAUUUGCGACCGAGUUGGAAUAAGACCCUUGGCUCUGUUGUCGGCUGUGUUCUUUGGUAGUGGCUAUGGCCUGGCAGCGUGGGUCUAUCGCAAAUUGGAUCUCCAAUAUCAUGGCGACGUUCUUGAUGCCGACGGAGCCUGGUCGCUUCCAUUGAUGAUGAUUGCUUUCGUCUGCAUCGGCGUCGCUAGCUGCUCCAUCUACAUGGCGGCCGUAUCAUCAUGCGCAAAGAACUUUGGCAAGGGGAAAUACAGAGGCCUUGCGCUUGCCAUGCCCAUUACAUGCUUUGGGUUAAGUCCCAUGUGGCUGAGCCAGGUCGGCAAUAGUCCAUUGUUCACAGAGAGGCGUGAUGACGGCUCAAUCGGCGACUUGGACGUCUUUCGCUUCUUUGUGUUUCUCGGAGUCUUGAAUUGUUCUCUGGGAAUCAUUGGCACAAUGACUUUGAGGAUCGUGGAUGAGCAGGAUCUCAUCGACGAAGCCAUCGAAGAGCUAGAGCACAGCGGCCUCCUGGACGGCAGCUCUCUGCUUGGCCGGUCUGUAAGCUACGGGACUGUUGAACAAAGCGCCGAAGAUGCGGCCCUGUUGGAACCUUCAAAGGAUGAAGACGCCAAAUGGAAGAAGAAUUGGGUUCUCAAUGCCGAGACAAGGCAGUUCCUCACCGAUCGGACCAUGUGGCCGUUUGCACUGGCCUUUCUCUUCAUGGUCGGUCCCGGUGAGGCCUUUAUCAACAAUCUCGGCACCGUCAUUGGCACUCUCUCACCGCCGACGUCUGAGGGUUUCGGGCAUCGCACCUCGGCUGCUACGCACGUGUCAAUCUUUGGCGUCACUAGCACACUUUCCCGGAUCCUCAUCGGCACUCUGACCGAUCUGUUAGCCCCUUCCCCGCAGACGCAGCAUGUACAGGUUACGCCUCAUCGAGAUGCAACUCCUAGGCGGUUUUCCAUUUCCCGAGUUGCUUUUCUGCUCUCCUUUGCCUUGAUGCUGUCUCUGGGAUUGGUGAUUUUGGCCUCCGGAGUCGUCCAGAACCACCCAGAGCGCUUCUGGAUGGUGUCCGGAUUGGUUGGAGCAGGCUACGGUGCCAUCUUUAGCCUGACGCCUUUGAUCGUCACCAUCAUCUGGGGAGUGGAGAACUUUUCCACCAACUUUGGCAUCAUUGCCAUGUUGCCUGCUCUGGGCUCAACGUUUUGGGGACUCAUCUAUUCCGCCGUUUACCAAGCGGGUGCCAAUCAGUCAAGUUCAGGGGAGGACAGGGAUCUCUUUUGCCACGGAAAACGCUGCUAUUCGUCGACAUUCUGGGCAGAGAGUGUCACUGUAUGGGCUGGUUGCGUCUUGUUGCUGUGGGCUUGGAAGGGACCAGGAGGGUGGAAGCAACGAGGAAUCGUUAUUUAGUUGUUCAAUUGCAUGGCGGGACUGGCAUUGA